AUGGCUCCCAAUACAAGUCGGUCUGCUCAACUGGUGAAGAUAAUCACUGAUAACUCUACCAAAAUUGAGGCAUAUCGUCAGGAACAGGGAUUACCGCCCCUCAGUUUGGGGCCCGAUGCACCACUUGACGUAAAAUACCCACCUGAUGUGGAAGAAUGUCGACGGGCGCUUAUCGAUGCUAGCCUGGAGUUGGGAGACCUGGCGACAGGUCCUGUCGAGCUUCGCCUCGUUCCUGGAUGGGCAGUUAUGACAAUGUUUGGUGUGACCCAAUUCAUCUGCGACUUUGAUAUCGCCCACCAGGUGCCUCUCACAGGAGAUGUGUCGUAUGAGGAUCUCUCCAAGACUGUCAAUGUUAGUGCGUCUGUACUCCGUCAGGUUCUGCGCGCGGGCAUGCCCUACCAUAUGUUCUACGAGCCACGGCCGGGCCACGUGGCGCACACGGCAACAACCAAAGUUAUAGCACGGGAGCCACUGAUUAAAGACUGGACCGGCUUGUCUACGGAUGUCUUGUAUCCUGCUAGUAUUGGGUUGACCGAAGCCUUGAGGAAAGAACCUGCGGCAAACGACCCCGCCAAAACCGGCUUCAUGUUCGCCAAAGGAGACGGCGAAUCCGGCAUGUUCAUGUACCUUGAGAAGCACCCAGAACAGGCACGAAGAUUUACAGGUGUUAUGGGCGCGUUUCACAAGGACGAGGCGUAUUCGCCACGACAUCUUAUCGACAGCUGGCCGAAUGAUUUGCAAAUUGGGAAACUCGUCGACCUGGGUGGAUCCACGGGCGCCGUGGCCUUUGCUUUGGCCGAAGCGUUCCCGAGGCUCGAUAUUGUGGUACAAGACUUGGCCGGGGCGCUUGAAACUGCAGAAGUUCGAGAGGGCAAGAAUGUGUCGUUCAUGGCUCAUGACUUCUUCAACGAGCAGCCUGUCCAGGAUGCUGACGUAUUCUUGUUUCGCUGGGUUUUGCACAACUGGCCAGACGAUCACGUCAAGCGCAUCUUAAGAGCUUUGGUCCCGUCGCUGAAAUCUGGCGCCAAGAUCAUCAUCUUCGACGAGAUUAUGCCUCCUGCUGGCACGUUGAGUUUGAGCGUUGAGCGAUAUCAACGAAACAUUGAUUUCGGCAUGUUGACACUAUUCAAUUCUAAGAUUCGUGACGUCGAGGAAUGGAAAGAAGUUAUUACUCAGUCAGACCAGCGGUUCAAGGUCGCGGGUGUCAGGUACCCUGAGAAUUCGCGACUUUCUCUCAUUGAAAUCGUAUGGGAGCCGUAA